AUUCUUCUUUGCAUUACACAUCUCACAUCUACAUCUACACCUCACGAUGUCUCUCAGACGCGGAGUAGGUCUGGCUGCGUUCGACAACAGCCAGCGCGCAGCACAGCAAUACUCAGACCUUGGCUCCUCCCUCCUCUCAGCUCACAUCUCCGAGCUCUCAGACCAACUGAAGACGUUUCAAUCCGCGCUCACCAAAUUCGCCGAGUCUCAUGCAAACGAAAUCAGGUCCGACCCCGUCUUCCGCGCCGAGUUUGUAAAGAUGUGCGCUGCGAUCGGCGUCGACCCGCUCGCGUCCUCGGCCGCGAACAAGAAAGGCGGGUCGUUCUGGGCUGAGCUGCUGGGUAACGACGUCAACGAUUUCUUCUUUGAGCUCGCGGUCAGGAUCAUUGAGCUCUGUCGACGGACGAGGGAGGAGAACGGGGGGUUGAUGCUCGUUGACGACGUGCGCGCGAGGAUAAACAGUCUCUCGCCCAACCGCCCGCCGGUGUCCCACGAAGACGUCGUGCGGGCGGUGGCCACGCUGGCGCCGCUCGGCCACGGAUUCGAGAUUGUCAAGCUUGCGAACCGGGAGUUUAUCCGCAGCGUGCCGCAGGAGAUGAGUAAGGACCAGGCGGUCGCGAUCGAGGCUACGCAGGCGAUGGGAUACAUCUCUGUGCCGAUUUUGCGCGAUAAUCUGAAUUGGGAGACGGCGCGGUGUAUUACUGUUUUAGACGAUCUUGUUGCUGCGGGAUUGGUCUGGGUCGAUGAGCAGGCGCGGCCGAGGGAGUACUGGACACCGUCGUGGAUCAAGCAGGUGUGAUGUCUCCUAUGUUUAUGUACAGGUUGAUCUGUUAUCUUGUUAUGUGUAGACUUGUGGUUUGGCAUGGUGCUUGGAGUUAUUGAUGGUUAUGGAGUUUUGUUUAUCCUACGAUCUAGUUAUAGCAUCUACAUAUGGAAUCAGCAAGUAUUGGUAUUAGUAAUCCAUUACAUAACACGAGGUAAGCAGUUAAGCGAAAACUUCCCCGAGGUCCACUCCGAGCGAUAAGAACGUUCUCGGCCGAUACCACUCUAUAAGCUGAGCCCCUCCUCCUCCUCCUCCUCCUCCAUCUCGACAUCAACUCACUUCCUGCACUCAAUUGAACAAA